GGCUUUCUCGCGAGACCUCACAUCACAAGUCACAUGACCGUGGUGGCUGAAAACGAGGAAGUCAUGAGUUGUUUGGAGUGACGGCCCAAAACAAAACUGUUUUUCAGCCAUGUCGCUGUACAGAUAUGCGCUGGGUCUUCAACUUAUUAUUCUAAAUAUUUUUUCUCUCGGACGUAUUGAUGCCGUUAACGUCAGCGCUUCGGAUUCAGCUGCAAGCCCGCUACAAGCUCCCAGUUAUCACAGCCACGGCUCCUCUGCUGUGGUCAGCUCGCCUGUUUACAAGCCUGCUGUGGACUCUUCGUACUCCAUCAGUCUGCUGUCCUCCUUCCCUGAGGACCUGGAGAUCAGCGAGUACUGCACAGAGCUGCUGCGGCUGUUCGGUCAGCGGUAUGUAGCUUAUGUAAACUGCCUGGUUCCUGCUGCUCGACCCGUCAGAGUGUGCCAGAACUGCUCCCCAGGGUUUAACAGCGUCUCCGAAGUCUUCCUGAACAUCUCAUCAGACCAGUUGGGUCCUGGUAAUGUGAGCUGUAGGGACAGCAUUCUGCGCAGUGACCGACUGAUGCUCGUCUUCCUUCUGUACGGAAGCCUGGACACCAUUUGGGAAAAAUCGAAUUGUAAACAAUGCGUCACAACGGAUUUAAAAGGCCCAAACAAUGACACACUUUACUACCUGACUCUUUUCAAUCAAACCAUCACCUGUUUUGAGAAGUAUAAAGAGGGUAACCAUACAGAACUGUGCAAAAACUGUAAAAAUAUUUAUAAGGGACUGAAUGACUUGUACAGUGGAAUGGAGAAGAAUAACACCCUGUGUAUUGACUUGGAGGAUUCGAUGAAUAUGACCCGCAAGCUCUGGAGCAAGAACUUCGCUUGCUCCUUCCCUCGCGAGGAGACUAUUCCUGUCAUUGCUGUGUCCAGUUUUAUGCUUUUCCUGCCCAUCAUCUUCUACUUGAGCAGCUUCCUUCACUCGGAACAAAAGAAACGCAAGCUCAUACACCCGAGGCGAGCAAAGUCACACAACAGCAUGAUGAACAUUCAGGACAAACAAAGCUGAAAUAAACUUUUUUUGGACUUUGA